GAGAAACGAUGUCUCUGAGUGUGUCUCGAUUUGUCCGCACUUUGAUCGCUUUGGUUGCCUUGUGUUCACUACUUGGAUUUGGGCCAUCCUUGUUCACUUGGUUUAACGUGAUUGUUUUCCUCUAUCCAGCCUACUUUUCAGUUUUAGCUAUUGAAAGUGCCGAUAAAAAGGAAAAAUUGAAGUGGCUUAGUUAUUGGGUGAUCUAUGGCACAUUUGCUAUCGUUGAAUGUGUGGCAAGCAUCCUCUUCUAUGCAUUUCCAGCCUUUUAUAAAUUGAAGACUCUCCUUCUGCUGUGGUGCAUGGCACCCGUUGACUGGAAUGGUUCUCAUAUUAUUUACACGAAGGUCAUCCAUCCCUUCGUCUACACGCCAAAACCCACGGUGGAGGAAAUCAACAGAAAAUCUUUCGAAACCACAGAUGAUGAUAUCAAGCCAGAGGGUUCCUCAACAAUGGACAUGAUUGGCAUCACCUCAACCCCAAAAGCACGCAGAAAUAAAUUAAGUGCCAUCUUUGGCAAAUCAUUGAUCAAGUGAGAAGCCCACUGUGAAUGGGGAAAUAAUGAGGUGAUGGUAUCCCAAGUGUUUCCAGUCAGAACUUCAUAAGUGAAACUCCUGUACAGUCCCAAAUGCAUCCUCCCUUAAGAAAUGUUGUUUGAAUAGAUUGUGCACAAAG